GUUGUCCCAGCGAGAGGUUGAUUCUCGCGCGUUUCACGCUCCGAGCCAGUCUAUCAUGCCCGACAAAACGAACGAGGCGCGUUAAGCCGGUGCGAGAUGAAUUGAUUGAUAUCGUUGUCGGUGGUGGUGGUUGAUGGAAUGACGAUUAUACUCGUGGACGAGGGUAGAGUCGACGAAUAUUUGAUGCGCGCGCGUGUUUUGUUAUUUACGCCGACGCGAGGCAAGUGAAGUGAGCACGAUCGUCUGUUGUUUCUUUAUUUGAUUCGGUUCCGUCGUUCCGUGUCCGAAAUGACGUACCGCGAAAGUUGGAGUGCGUCGUAAGGAUAUUAUUACUGGCCGCGUUUGAAUCUGAAGAACGCGAACGGAUCGGAGGAGAUACAGGAAUUACACCGGAUGUAAAUAACCAGCCAGAGGAGAGAAAGAGUGUCUUCGGCUGUGUGAAUGGCUCGCAGGGCCGUGAGAGUAACGAGAAAAGCAAGAUCCUCCCUUUGGAUUUUAGUGUGAUUUAUAAAAUAAAGUGCGGUGCGAGUGGUGAUGCUUGUUCUGUGAGACACAGGAUUAGCGAUUCCCUGGGGCGGGGCAGAGAGACGGGAGUGUUUUUUACGAUUGUUAAAAACCUGGAAGAUGUAUCCAAGUGCUGGAAUAAACGCCGCUGCAGUCGUCGCAGCUGCCGCCGCCAGACAUCCAGGUCCUCCGCAGCCGGGGCAGCCGUUUAAAUUCACGGUUGUAGAAUCCUGCGACAGGAUUAAGGAAGAAUUCAGUUUUCUUCAGGCGCAAUAUCACAAUAUUAAAUUGGAGCUGGAGAAACUCGCCCAGGAGAAGACGGAGAUGCAGCGCCACUACGUUAUGUACUACGAGAUGUCCUACGGAUUGAACGUCGAAAUGCACAAACAGACGGAAAUAGCGAAGAGGUUAAACGCCAUAAUCGCGCAGAUCCUACCAUUUCUCUCGCAAGAGCAUCAGCAGCAAGUAGCCACCGCCGUUGAGAGGGCGAAACAAGUAACGAUGACGGAGUUGAACGCCAUCAUCGGGCAACAGAGGCCAGACCUCCCAAGACUACUGCAACAGAUGCACGCUCAGCAGCUACCUCCUGGUGCUACGAUGGGACCUCACCCGGGGUUACCCAGUCUUCCUGGACUUGGCCCAACAGCCGGUCUUCCCGUGCCGACCUCCGCGUCGGCGGCACUUCUUGGCCUCGGUCUACCUCCUGGGGCUGGUGCGACGCCCGGUGGAAGCGCCCCUCAUCCACUCUCAAUGCUUGCUAAGCCAGAGCAUCACCGAGGACAACCCGACGACCUAAAACCCAACGGAGGCCUGAAUCCAGCCGAGGAGAGGCAUAGAAAUUCAAUAUCCCCAGCAGAAAGAGAGAAGUACAGCAGACCAAGGAGCACUCCGGAUCCACAGCAUCACGAUCACAUGCAUCUUAAAAAGAUGAAGAAGGAGCAAGACAAAGAUAUCGGGCAUCAGAGUGACGGGGAGAAAAGCGACCAGGACCUAGUGGUAGACGACGCUAGUGAGGGCCCGACGAGUCCAACGGCAAACGGCACAUCAUCACCACGAGAGAACGGCCUGGACAAGCUCGGCCCGUCUUCGGUACAGAUGAGCGGCCAGGUAAAGAAGGAAGUCCCACCACCCUCGCCGAGAAGCGGUACCAGCAGCAACGCCAGCACCCCGUCGGCGAAGAAGAUGGAGGAGCGGGAAAAGCCGCCGACGCCGAUAUCGAAACCCGUCACGCCGACGUCCGCCGGAGGCAGCAGCUCCGGAUCUGGCGGACUGAAAUCUUCCAGUUCGAGCAAACCUCUCGUUUCCGCCUCGGCUGUCGGACCUUAUCCUCAGCACUACCCGCCCCCGCAUCAUCCGCCUGCAGGACCUCACGUGGAUAUGCUCGGGUACCCGCCUGGCGCCCUCAACGGAUAUCCAGCGAGGCCGCCUCUUCAGCAAUUGUACGACCCUCACGGAGGGAUGAGAGCACCUUUGGGACCACUGGGUGUUCCGGGAGGAAAACCAGCAUACAGUUUCCAUGUAUCGAGUGAGGGUCAGAUGCAGCCAGUCCCUUUUCCCCCAGAUGCCUUGAUUGGUCCUGGCAUACCUAGGCACGCACGUCAGAUAAACACACUGACGCAUGGAGAGGUUGUCUGUGCAGUGACGAUCUCCAAUCCUACAAAGUAUGUCUAUACCGGAGGUAAAGGAUGUGUCAAGGUGUGGGACAUUAGCCAGGGGGUUAGUGGAAGCGCAAAACCAGUGUCGCAGCUGGACUGUCUGCAGAGGGACAACUACAUCAGAUCAGUAAAACUCCUCCCAGAUGGACGGACAUUGAUCGUUGGUGGAGAAGCGAGUAAUCUCAGCAUAUGGGAUUUGGCGAGUCCCACACCCCGCAUCAAGGCUGAACUCACCUCCUCCGCGCCAGCCUGCUACGCCUUAGCCAUUUCCCCAGAUUCCAAGGUCUGCUUCAGCUGCUGCAGCGAUGGAAACAUUGCAGUCUGGGAUCUGCAAAACCAGACACUGGUUCGGCAGUUCCAGGGACACACGGACGGUGCUUCGUGUAUCGACAUCUCCGCCGAUGGCUCAAAACUUUGGACCGGAGGUUUAGAUAAUACUGUAAGAUCCUGGGACCUCCGCGAGGGCAGACAACUCCAGCAGCACGACUUCACAUCUCAGAUAUUCUCCCUCGGUUACUGUCCAUCUGGAGAGUGGCUUGCCGUUGGAAUGGAGAAUUCAAACGUGGAAGUUCUCCAUGCCACGAAACCGGACAAGUACCAGCUACAUCUUCACGAGUCCUGUGUUCUAUCUCUUCGGUUCGCAUCCUGUGGAAAGUGGUUUGUGUCUACUGGAAAGGACAACCUUCUGAAUGCCUGGCGCACACCUUAUGGAGCUUCUAUUUUCCAGUCAAAGGAAUCAUCCUCCGUGUUGAGCUGCGACAUAUCUACGGAUGACAAGUACAUCGUUACCGGUUCUGGCGACAAGAAAGCAACGGUCUAUGAAGUAAUAUACUAGGUGCGCAAUUGACCGCAAAAAGCUUGUUAAUACAUACUUAAGAUGUACGCUUGUUAAGAAUAUUUAUGAAAUUAAUAUACUUAGUGAAACCCCCAUUGCCAGAAAAAUUUGAUCUGCUACGAUUGUGAAAACUAUAUGCAUUAAAAAACGCAAUUCAGCUGUCGAAUGAAUUCCACAGACUAAAUUGUAAUAUAGCAAUCAACUCCUGUCUGAUUCACCCUAACUCCGAAUUAUAGGAACUAUCAUUCGACUAAUAAUUAUGUAGUAGAACAAAGUCGUAAAAUUUUUGGUGAAUCGCUUUGUGCAAGCAAAUGGCGCCAUAAUUAACCCGAAUUACGGACUGAUUAAAGUAUGGAAGAAUUAGAUUUUAGGAACUAAAGUUAUAUUAAAUAUACAUUGAAGACGUAACAAUAGAUAUUUAAGAUUGUAUAGACACCUAAUCUUAUAAGUAGAGAAUGAAAUGUAUGACGAGUUAUUAUUAUUAUUCUUAUUAUUAUCAAAAUUAU